GGCAAGCGUCAGAGUGGCUUUGGCUAGCAAACCCAUGGGGCAGCAGUGCCGGCACUGGCUGCCCGAUUCUCCUUGUAUUCGGGAAAGCCGGGCUCGGUGCACGUGGGUAGUUGAACCCCAUUGCAUCGCAGCUCCCUGACCCUGCAGCCAGUUCCUCCUCCUCUCUGGACUUCCCCCUGCAAAAGCCCUGAAGCGCGGCUAGCCGCUCGGAUCAAGAGAGGUGACCCGGGAGCCUUCCUCCAUGGCGCUGAGCCACGGGAGGGUCAGAGAUGGCAAGCAAAGCCGGUCAAUGCUGUUUUGGCAGGGGAGCACAGCAGGAAGUGGCGCUGACUCACCCGCGCUGCCCUGCCAGCCCAUGCCGGCAGUCGUGAGGGCUGUGAUCGUUUCUGGUAAGGGGAGAAGUGUUUCCCGUGGUGUCCUGGCUGUCACGACACUCGUGGUUACGUUGCUCCCUGCAUUAGACCGCCCGGGAGCCGUUCUGAAUCCAGCCCGGCCGAGGGGGAAUGAACUGAGGUGGAGCAGGCCCCGGGCGGCCCCACGACACCAUGGCAGACGGGGACUCGCUGCUGGUGGCCGAGUGGCUGAUGGCCCUGCACCUGGAGCAGUACACAGACAACUUUGAGAAGAGCGAGCUCUGGAAGGUGUCCGACUGCCGGGGCCUGACGGACGCGGCACUGACCCGCCUGGGCAUCGUGCUGCCCGGACACCGCAAGCGCAUCCUCUCCGGGCUGCACAAAGCCUUCGCCGAGGCGCCGCCGGCUGGGGAAGCCCCCGUGCUGCCCGCCCGGAGGCCGGUGCCCAUGAAACGCCACAUCUUCCGGGCCAGCGCGGGUCAGGCGGAGCAGGACGUCAAGGGGGACCCUACGGCACCAGCCUGCAGAAAGCCAGUGCCCACGGAGCCGGAGCCCCCCUCCGGUCCCGGCUUGGUGCCCCCACCCAUCCCGCCCCGGGUGGGCUGUCGCCCUCCGGUCAAGUUCUCCCCUCCGGCACCGCCCGUCUUAGCUGAGGUCCACUCCGCGGUCCAAGCCGAGCCUCCCGACCUCGGCCCUCUGCCCCUGUCCCCCCUGCCCACCAUGGACAGCUCGGUGCCGGCGCCAGCAUUUGCUGAAGGGAAGGGAAAGCCGCCUUUGCCCCCUCUGCCAGUGAAGCGGCACCAGCUGGGGGCCAAGGCCAUGUCCCAGAAGCUGCCUGAGUUGCUCAGCCGCCCGCCCGUGCUGCCUCCCCGGGCCGUGUCCCAGAAGGUGCCCUCCAGCUUUCUGGCAACAGAAGAGCCAGCACCCCCCGAGACGGUGCCCAGUGCCCCACCUGCCCUGCUGCCCCGGGUGAAACCACCGCAGCUGCCACCCGAGCUGCCUGCCAAGCCGCCCUUGCUCUUUCUGCCCGAGUUCGACGACUCGGACUAUGAGGAGCCAUGGGAGGAUGAAGUAGUGGCUCCGGUCGGAGACAUGGCUGACAAGGGGGAUGCUGAGACCAUGAGGGAGUUGCUGCGCACUGAGAGACCCAGCAGCCUCUUCAGCGAGGAUGAGUUCAUCGAGGAACACUACGAGCCUCCGCCCUCCAACGGAGGCAGCUGUUGGAGUGACUACGGUCUGAGCACCCUCCAGCCCAGUCCCCGCCUGUCCUCGGGCAGCUCCAUCUGGAACAGCGGCAGCAUGGACAGCUCGGACCCCCUGGCCCAGCUCACGCCCAUCAUCAAAGCCGGCUGGCUGGACAAGAACCCUCCCCAGGGGUCCUACAUCUACCAGAAGCGCUGGGUGAAGCUGGACGCCGACUACCUGCGCUAUUUUGACAGCGAAAAGGAUGCCUACUCCAAGCGCCUCAUCCCGGUGACCUCCAUCACCCGCGUGGCCGCCAUCGGAGACCAGAAGUUUGAGGUGAUCACGACCAACAGGAACUUUGCCUUCCGGGCGGAGAGCGACG